CGCAGGGGUCGUUGCUGGCCGUCGCCAGUUGUCGCUGGUUGUUGCUGGAGUGUCGGUCGCUCUCCUGUUCCACGGCACAAAGUGACGGUGGCUCGAACGAACAUAACUGGGCAGUCAAUCGGCGAAGGUGCUCUAACCAAAGUGGUGCGGUGGUUGUGUUAGAAGCCAGUUACGAACCAACAGCAGAAGUUGUAAAUUGCUUCGUCUAGUUACCUCGCGGAAUCGCGCAUAAUAAUCUCCCGCGAACGAAGUAAACGAAAGAUACAGGAGUCGAAUGUUUCGCGAAACGACGACGAGUCAAAUCGAAACCGGCACGCCUCGGCACUAACCGGUGCCUGUAAAUAAAUCGUAACUCGUAAAUAAAUGUGCCACGCAUCGAAAUCAACGAGGAAGCAUCAACAAGAAGGACAAUAGCAGCGUCUUCUCGCGUUUCUGAACGAGGAUCAAGUGCUUGCGUGCUCGAGAAUGGUAACCGCGAAAUGAGCGUGUCACCGAGCAUCGUAGAGCCGAGCCACGAGAUGGAGAGGGCUCCUCUCGAGGAGGACAACAGCCUGAAAGUCUCGCCAAUGCAGAACGUGGCGAGACAGGACUCGGGGGUCCCGGAGGAUCUCGCCUCGCCGUUGGUCGACGUCGACAAGUCCCUGAACGAGACGGAUCCGGACGCGACGAUGAACAUCACCGUGAUCCACGUGACCGGAUCUACAGAGCCAGCGAAGACAGAUACCACUCUGAACAACGACAGGAAGGAUUAUAGCGGCGAGGGGAAGGACAGCAAGGACGGAAGCGACAGCGGAGUGGAGGGCUGCGCCGCGGAGGUCCCGAGGGCGCGAAGUCGGAACAGCAUAGACUACGCGAGCAGCUGCGGCGGCCUGGACGAGGCGUCCUGCGAUUCCAGUCUAGUCAGUUGUUGCUCCGUCUACGAGGACCCGUGCGCGACCUUGCCGGACGACGUGAGGUUGACGACCGGCGGGGAGGGCACCAGCGAGGGUGGCAGCGAGAGUUCGUCCAUAGCGGGCAGCGUUUCCGCCCGCGCGAACCGAGCCAACGUGAAGAGGACGAUAGCUGCCUCGAGCGCCAGCAAGAAGCAGAAGGCGACUGGGCAGGAGGCGCAGAAGAGCGGCAGGGCGAAGCCGACGCCGUUGAACGCCGCGUACACGGCUACUCCGGCGCGUUCCAAGCCGCGAACCGCGACCCCGAGAAGCAUCCUGAACAAGGCUCAGCCAGCGACGAGGGACAGAGCCCGGUCCAGAGAGAAAUCCACGGUCAGGGAGAACAGCAGCAACAAUAACAACAACAACAACAACAAUAACAACAACAACGACAACAACAACGGGGCAGUCGGUCGACUGUCGAUGACGUUCCGCUCGGGAGCGAAUCCGAUGCCGCCGCGAACGAGAACGAGACCGAUCCCCGACUCACUGCCGUCCGUGCUCACCACAGAGAUCAACAAGGACCUGGCGCAGCAGCGUGGCCGUGGCGGGCAGAGUGGUGGUGGCAGCUGCAGGUCCAGAGGCGGGUCGAGCACGCGUGGCGCCCGCACGCCGAGUUCAACGCCGUCCGAGGAAGUCCGGAAGCCUCUGUCCACCCCUCGGGUGCCUUACACCGGUCGCGUCGAGGCGGCGAGAUCCUCCAGACCGGACAAGAUGACCGCCAGCGCGGACAGCAAGGCGCUGGACGCGUACGCGACGCUGCCACGCAGGAACAGGGCCAAGAUGAGCAUCGUUGCCAAGACGGCGAAUGAAAAGACGGAGAAGGCGACGAGGAGCAGGUCCGGCAGCAGGGACGCGAGUCUGAGCAGGCAACAGAUGGAGAAGAAGAGGGAUCACACGGUGCACAAGAGCCUGCCGCCGUACCCUAGGCACAAGACCGUGGAGAGGACGCGGAUUUAUCACGAGACCAGCGUGCAAACUGGUCUGACCGGUCGCGACAUCGAGAACGCUUUGUCCGGUGUGCCGAGUGCCGUCGCCGGGCCGGAUGUGGUCGAGAGACUGCACGAGGGCUGCCAGACGGAGGGCACGUGGCAGGACAUGCACGCGAUGCAGACGGACCUGAGGAGGUUGAACGAGGAGACGUCGCGGCAGAGAGAGGAGAACGAGAAGCUGAAGACUGAGAUCGUCGAGGCGAAGCGUCUCCUCGAGGAGGAGAAGGCGGACCACGCGUUCGCCCGGCAAGAAUUGGACAGAAACGCACAACGAGUACUGGCGAUGCUCGGCACGCCACAGUCGGAGCACGCAGAAGGCAGUGACAGCUUCCUAGAGCUGGAGUGCCAUUUGCAAUCUUCUGGACAGGUAGUCGCCAACCAACAGUUGGAGAUAGCAGACUUGCAGUCUCUGUGCCGCAUGCUGAGCAGGGAUUUGGAGAAAAGCUUGGCUGCCCAGAAGGCGUUGUUGCAACAGCAACAGGAGCUGGAGGCUGAGUCGGCAGAGAUGCAAGACUUCCUUCAAGAAGAGAAAGCUACCUUGGUGGACGCUUUGAAAGAGGCCGAAACAGAGCUAGUGACGAAGGAGGAAUUAUUAACGAAACGCGAGCUGGAAUUGGAGAGGCAAACCGAGGAGUGCAAACACUUGGUGCGCAUCAGCGAGCAACGAAGGCAAGAAAAUUUAUCCAUGAGCAUGAAAUUGAACGCGGUCGAACGACGAAGCAGGGAGCUGUUGCUUACGCAGGGGGCCGCCGUUUCCGGGGCUGCGGUUGCGCUUUCCGGUCUUGGCACCAGGCUAGAGGGACUGGUAGAUCAGCUGAUAACGUCUUACAGUAUCUCGGUGAAGGACCUCGAAGAUGUGAUAUAUCACAACGAAGCGUACAGCCGGAGUAACAGCAGCAUCGAAUCGAGUCCGGUCAGUUCGAAGCACAGCCUGAAAGAGUGCACACCUAGUCCGAAGAGCGGUUCCUUCGUUUCCGCGGUGAUUGGGGCAAUCCGGAACGCGGCUACGCAUCCUUUCGCAACGAAAAACACUACAGACAAAAAGUCUACGUUGGAGUCGGCCAAACAGAUGUACAAAGAAUUGAGCAUGGAAUCGUCGUCCGACUUGCUCGACUUUGAAACCGAGCCGUGCCUGAUGAUGGAGAGCGUGUUGGAGGACGUCCCUCUGCCGGACACGUACUCGCACAACAUGGUGUCGAGCAGCGACUCGCUUCGCAGAGCUCUCAGCUUCCCGGAGACGGUGGACGAGGGCAACUUGAAGAAAACGCGAACCAACGAGGAGUGCUCGAGCCUCACGAACCUCACGCAAGCUAUUUUACACCGGCGUAAGGUUGAAAACGAAGAGGACGACGACUGUGACUCCAUCAGCGAGUCGGACACUGGUACCAACGACGGCCCAUUGGCUUCCGAUUAUUGCCCAGCUGUCGGUCUCGUCGACCAAGUGAUCGACGUGGAUAAUCUCGUCACGAAACUGCUGAAAGUGCUGCGGAUAAUACAACUCGACAACGACACGUGUAUACAAGAGCUGAAAGAGGAGAAGUCCGAGUUGGAAACGAAAUUGGAGGUGACCGUGACAGAGUUGGAGGAACUGCGUAAAAUCGUGGACAGCCUGCACCAGUCGGACGAAAUUCUGAGCAACAGCUCGGACAGGAGGCGCAGCGUGAUGGAGAACUGCCGGCUGCUGAUCAAAGAGGCGGUUAAGGAGGAAUUAAAAUUUGACGAGCCCGCAGUGGCUAAUAAUAGCGGCCCUGGAGCAGCUACGAACUGCGAAGAUCUCAACGCGAACGCAGCGGCUCAAUCUUCUUCCUAAAACACGUUCCCAACACACGAAAAAACUCUGUCUUCUUUUCGCUUUCUUUUUUUCUUUUUUCUUCUUCUUCUUUGUUGUUGUUGUUGUUGUUGUGAAUUUAUUCUUUAUUUUUUCGACCGGUGCAAACCUGCUGACAGCUAUGCACGACCGUUUGUCGUUGAUACGGAAACGAGAGCUGCGUUAAAAGUUAUCUUCUGUGUUGUGUAUCAUUUUUCAGAGUUGCUGAACCUGACACUCGACAUGUGUAAACAUGCAACACUGUUCCUUCGGUGACUCAGUCUCAAAGUGACUGAAUAGUUCACAAACUGUUUUGCGUGUGUUGAGGUCAUGUACAGCUCUCUCCGUACUGUCGCGUUGCGGAAGGUACUUCAGUAUAUUUUAUAUUCGUCCAGAGGCGCGUGUAAUUCGUGUACAUAAUAACAGAGAAACUGUUACUUCAAAAUUGAAUUAUAUAUAGUCAAUAAUCGUAAUUGUAUCUAGAUAUAACUCGAAGCUUUCUUUCAGUCUCAGUGAUCGUAAAAUGAUUUUUGAACGUAUCUUUUUAAAUUAAAUUUAUCGUCGUUUCUUCGUAUAUCUGUCGUACAAUUCAAUCAAUAGUUGUGAAUCUAGCGUAAUUUAAUCGAAAGGAAAGAACAAAAAGGAAAAAAAAAAGAAGCAUGUAAAAGCAUAGACAAAAUUCGCGAUGGAUACUCAAUUGCGUCAACAAAAAUGACGAAUCCCCUUCUCGUGCCCACCGAAUCGCAUUUUCGUCGCGUUAACUAAUGUUAAUAACGAGCCAUUUUCUCAAGAGUAUUAACUCCUGUACACUUAGAGAGUGAAGAAAUAGGUUGUAAUGUACCUUAAUAAUAAAGAAAUCCAUCGAUCCAAGUUUACUCUCAAACAUAAUAAAAGCAAAGAACGUGUAUUAACGACAACAGGGUACAUUAGUUUUACGAUACGUUACUUACAUAGUGGUGGAUUGGCGUAAUUAAUAUAUCGGCCAGUACGAGUCAUUCGAAUAAACGAAAAAACGUAAUGUUAUUCAACUCGUCGUUGCUGCUUCAGCACGAUUGGAAAAUGUAACCGGGAAUAAUCUUUCGUUGUAACGUUCUUAAAAUAGGGAAAAUAGAAAAGAAGAAAAGAGAGAUAUAUGCGAAUAAUUAUUGCAAAUUAUACCUGAGUGAAUUAUUCACUCGGGAAUAAUUAUUGCAAAUUAUUCCCGAGUGAAUAUUCGAAGAAAAUGAAGAACAAAAAAACAGAGAGAAACACACACGUUACAUAACAGAGCUGCUUUCUAUUUUAAUGGUGAGAUAUAUUU